AUAUCGGCAUUUUAAUAUCUGUUAAUUGGUAUAUCGCUAAAAAUGUAUAUUGGUGCAUCACUAGUGAUAACACUUUAACAUUUCUCAGAACCCAAGAAUACCAGCCAUGGACAAUACCAACAAGUCAUUAUGUACAAUCAAAGCUCAAGUUUUUAAAACAACAUUAAAAACUGAAGUCAUGAAGAAAUUUGCAAAUAAACAGGUAUGUUUUAGAAAAUGGAUAAAAGGAAAGGAUGAGCGCUAAGUAAAAAUUUUCACAUUUUUUGGAUAAAUUUCAAUCAAACGUUUUUACAGGUUUCUUCUAAAAGAAUCGGUAAUUCGUCGACAUCAAAACCCAAGGUCAAAGAUAUAAAUGACAAAAAAACUAAAUCCAUUAUUAAAAGAAAAUCUAUCAAAUAUAACUGUAAAGCUCUGAAAAAGACUUCUCUAAGACGAUCAUUAAGAAAGUCAGCGAGAAAGAUUUAUACAGAGGAAGAUGUACCUUAUGAUGAUCUUAACAUUUUACAUCAAUGGAAGGGAACAUCAAAUGCUAUGAAGACACUUCCAAAAGAUCUUUACAUAAAUACCGCUACAAUCCCCAACGCAGGCAGGGGUGUUUUUACAAAGAAAAAAGUGGAAAUUGACGCUCCUUUUGGACCAUACAGAGGAGAGGUACUUUCGCUUAAAGACGCAGAGGAUGGAAGAGAUCCAGCGUAUAUGUGGGAGAUUGUACAAGGAGGAAAGGUUGUAUAUUGCAUUGAUGGUAAGGAUCUUGCUCAAGGUAAUUGGAUGAGAUUUGUGAAUUGUGCAAGAUUUGAAGAAGAACAAAAUAUAAUUGCAUAUCAAUAUAAUGGAGAAAUUUACUACCGAGUUUAUAAAGAGAUUGAAGCCCAUAAAGAAUUGCUUGUUUGGUAUGGAGAUGAGUAUGCUGAACAGUUGGGAAUAUCCUUGUUUGAUGAGGAAGAUAAUGACAAACAUCAGUUUGAAGUUGGAGGUCACAGCUGUAGACACUGUGGAAGGAUGUAUACUUAUCCCGAUUAUUUAGAGAAACAUUUAAAACGAUGUCCAAUGCUUGUUUGUACGAAUCCCUGGGAAUGUCCACGUUGUGGUCGAAAGUACAGUAGUGAAGACUAUCUAAAUGUUCACAUGAAAAAUGAAUGCGGAAAAAAUCCACGAUUAAAACGACAUGUGAGGGUUCAAACAGGAGAGAAACCUUAUCAAUGCAAACAUUGUGGUAAAACAUUUAGACACCUUUCUAAAUUGAAUGAACAUGUUAGGAUACAUACUGGAAAGAAACCUUACCAAUGUGAAAAUUGUGGUAAAAGAUUUACACUGCUUGGUAACUUAAGACGUCAUGGUAUGAUACAUACAGAAGAGAAACCUUGUAAUUGUGAACAUUGUGGUAAAACAUUUUCACAGAAUUGUGAUUUGAAUAAACACCUUAGGAUACAUACAGGAGAGAAACCUUAUAAAUGUGAACAUUGUGGUAAAACAUUUACCCACAAUAGUGCCUUGAAUAGACACGUUAGGAUACAUACAGGAGAGAAACCUUAUAAAUGUGAACAUUGUGGUAAAAUGUUUUUACAGAAUUGUGAUUUAAAUAAACACCUUAGGAUACAUACAGGAGAGAAACCUUAUCAAUGUCAACAUUGUGGUAAAACCUUUACACUGCUUGGUAACUUAAAACGUCACAUAAAGAUACAUACAGGAGAGAAACCUUAUCAAUGUAAACAUUGUGGUAAAAGAUUUGCACAACUUUCUAACUUAAAAAGCCACGUAAGGAUACAUACGGGAGAGAAACCUUACAAAUGUGAACACUGUGGUAAAACUUUUAUAUGGGAUAUAGCCUGGAAAAAACACCUUAGGAAACAUACAGGAGAGAAACCUUAUCAAUGUCAACAUUGUGGUAAAACAUUUACAGGGCAUAGUGAGUUAAAUCAACACCUUAGGAUACAUACUGGAGAGAAACCUUAUCAAUGUGAACAUUGUGGUAAAAACUUUAAUAACAAGAGUCACUUGAAAACACACAUUAGGAUACAUACUGGGGAGAAACCUUAUCGAUGUGAACAUUGUGGUAAAACAUUUACAGAGCAUGGUAGCUUUAAACGUCACUUUAGGAUACAUACUGGAGAGAAACCUUAUCAAUGUGAACAUUGUGGUAAAACAUUUACAAACAAGUGUGACUUGAAAACACACAUUAGGAUACAUACUGGGGAGAAACCUUAUCAUUGUGAACAUUGUGGUAAAAGAUUUAAUAAGUCUAAUAAUUUAAAAAGACACAUGAAGAUACACACAAGAAAACCUUAUGUCUCUGAAAAGACUUCUUUAAGACGAUCAUUAAGAAAGUCAUCCAAAAGAUUUAUACAGGAAGAUGUACCUGAUGAUGAUCUUAACAUUUUACAUCAAUGGAAGGGAACAUCAAAUGCUAUGAAGACACUUCCAAAAGAUCUUUACAUAAAUACCGCUACAAUCCCCAACGCAGGCAGGGGUGUUUUUACAAAGAAAAAAGUUGAAAUUAACACUCGUUUUGGACCAUACAGAGGAGAGGUACUUUCGCUUAAAGACGCAGAGGAUGGAAGGGAUCCAGCGUAUAUGUGGGAGAUUGUACAAGGAGGAAAGGUUGUAUAUUGUAUUGAUGGUAAGGAUCUUGCUCAAGGUAAUUGGAUGAGAUUUGUGAAUUGUGCAAGAUUUGAAGAAGAACAAAAUAUAAUUGCAUAUCAAUAUAAUGGAGAAAUUUACUACCGAGUUUAUACAGAGAUUGAAGCCCAUAAAGAAUUGCUUGUUUGGUAUGGAGAUGAGUAUGCUGAACAGUUGGGAAUAUCGUUGUUUGAUGAGGAAGAUAAUGACAAACAUCAGUUUGAAGUUGGAGGUCACAGCUGUACACACUGUGGAAGGAUGUAUACUUAUCCAGAUUAUUUAAAGAAACAUUUAAAACGAUGUCCAAUGCUUGUUUGUACGAAUCCCUGGGAAUGUCCACGUUGUGGUCGAAAGUACAGUAGUGAAGACUAUCUAAAUGUUCACAUGAAAAAUGAAUGCGGAAAAAAUCCACAAUUAAAACGACAUGUGAGGGUUCAAACUGGAGAGAAACCUUAUCAAUGCAAACAUUGUGGUAAAACAUUUAGACAGCUUUCUAAAUUGAAUGAACAUGUUAGGAUACAUACUGGAGACAAACCUUACCAAUGUGAAAAUUGUGGUAAAAGAUUUAGAUAUCUUCGUAACUUAAAACGUCAUGGUAUGAUACAUACAGGAGAGAAACCUUAUAAAUGUGAACAUUGUGGUAAAAGAUUUUCACGGAAUUGUGCUUUGAAUGAACACCUUAGGAUACAUACAGGAGAGAAACCUUAUCAAUGUCAACAUUGUGGUAAAACCUUUACACUGCUUGGUAGCUUAAAGCGUCAUGGUACGAUACAUACAGGAGAGAAACCUUAUCAAUGUAAACAUUGUGGUAAAAGAUUUGCAGUGCUUGGUAACUUAAAAAGUCACCUAAGGAUACAUACGGGAGAGAAACCUUAUAAAUGUGUACAUUGUGGUAAAAAAUUUUCACGGAAUUCUGCUUUGAAUAAACACCUUAGGAUACAUACAGGAGAGAAACCUUAUCAAUGUCAACAUUGUGGUACAACAUUUACAGAGCAUGGUAGCUUUAAACGUCACUUUAGGACACAUACAGGAGAGAAACCUUAUCAAUGUCAACACUGUGGUAAAACAUUUACUCAGGUUUGUAGCUUAAAAAGUCACGUAAUGAUACAUACUGGAGAGAAACCUUAUCAAUGUGAACAUUGUGGUAAAAGAUUUAAUAGGAAGAGUAACUUGAAACAACACGGUAAGAUCCAUGCUCGAGAGAAACCUUAUCAAUGCAAACAUUGUGGUAAAACAUUUAGACAUCUUUCUACAUUAAAUGAACAUGUUAGGAUACAUACUGGAGACAAACCUUACCAAUGUGAAAAUUGUGGUAAAACAUUUACACUGCUUGGUAACUUAAAACGUCAUGGUUGGUGCAUCGCCAAGAAGAAUUGA